CUGCAAUCAUCCUAACAAACAAACAAACGAACGAACAGGUGGAACAGCAAACCUUCCAGCAAAACGCAUUCUUCUUUUCCGUGACAACGCCACACCAAUCCCAAAGCAAAAUUUUCCGAUCCCCAGUUCAGCCCUCCUCCCUCCCCUCCUCCCCGCUCCUCGUGCUCCGAUCCGACCCUAGCCCGGCCCAGAUCCGCGUCCAUGGCGUCGCGCAGGCGAAUGCUCCUCAAGGUCAUCAUCCUCGGCGACAGCGGUGUCGGGAAGACGUCACUGAUGAACCAGUACGUGAACAACAAGUUCAGCAACCAGUAUAAGGCGACGAUCGGCGCGGAUUUCCUGACCAAGGAGGUGCAGAUCGACGAUCGGCUCUUCACAUUGCAGAUAUGGGAUACGGCUGGACAGGAGCGUUUUCAGAGUCUUGGUGUGGCAUUUUAUCGGGGAGCUGACUGUUGUGUUCUUGUAUAUGAUGUGAAUGUUACCAAGUCAUUUGAAAAACUCAACAGUUGGCGUGAGGAAUUCCUAAUUCAAGCUAGCCCAUCAGAUCCAGAGAAUUUCCCUUUUGUUUUACUUGGAAAUAAGAUUGAUGUCGAUGGUGGUAACAGCCGGACUGUUUCUGAGAAGAAGGCUAAAGCCUGGUGUGCUUCCAAGGGAAACAUUCCGUAUUUCGAGACAUCUGCUAAAGAAGGCUUCAAUGUGGAAGCAGCUUUUGAGUGUAUAGCAAGGAAUGCUGUCAAGAAUGAACCUGAAGAAGAUAUAUAUCUUCCUGAUACAAUUGACGUGGGGGGUGCUGGAAGGCAACAACGCUCGUCAGGCUGUGAAUGCUAGAAGAUUUGGAUGAAAAGAUUUCAUCCGUUGGUUCUAUUGUGUUGGUGCUUGCCCUUCUCUUUCUGUGUUGGAUAUAUUUAGCUUGAAAGCUGCUGCUUGCUGCUUGCGAUUGCUACAUAUGGUUGAGUAGUGUUUAAGCUCCGACAAAAUUGGAGAAUAUUCAUUUGUAACUUAUGAUUCUUUGUAUGAGCACUAGAUGGUAUAUAGUUUUGGAUUUUUGUUAGUCUUUGCGAGCUUCCCAUUGUUUUGGUGCAUAUAUAUCUUGGAACAUCCUUUUUCUUUUCUUGUGAACGUUUGUAAAUGGACAGAAAAACAGCCCAAAUUCCUCUGUUUUCCUACUCUACCCAUUUGGAUGGUACAUCCAGAUAUUUGUAUCUAUAUGGUUUGCAUCUUA